AUGUCCGAUUCCGACGACUACCUCCAGGACGAUCCUGAUGACCAAGCCUUUGAUGAUUUUGCCGAUGUCGCCUCCUCCCCUCCUCCGCCCAAGCGCCGUCGCCUCCAGGCGCGCAACCAGACGCGCAACACCACCUCGCGCAGAAACGAGGACAAUAGCGUAGCAUCCGACUCGGACUCUUUUGUCGUGGACGACGACGAUGCCAGCAAAACGGACGAGCUGCCUUCUCCCUCUCAAGCAUCCUACCACUUCGCCGAUCACCCUGAGAACGAAGCCUCCUCCAAGUAUAAGAUCUUUGUCCCCAAACGCAAUAACCCGCAAGAGAACAUCUUCGUCACGCAGUUGACGCAACCCCCAUCGCCCCCGGAGAUGAUUCGAGGACCGCGCUGGAAAAAGCCAGACCCUCCCCCUCCACCUCCGCCUGCACCCACAAAGCCAACACCCAAGACGACUCGAGGACCCGGCCACGAGGACUAUGGAGACGACGAGGACUUAGAUGCUGCCAUCGCAGCAUCACUCGCUUCCUUUGAGGAAGAGAACUCGCGAUUGUCUUUCUCAACCGCACAAAAUUCCCCUCCAGCCCCUGUCGCCAGCGACAAUGCGCCAACGAACACCGCGCAGACUGAAUCGUUCGACUUCCUGGACGAUAUCCCCGACGACGCUUUCGACUCCGACCUGUCUCUCACGCCCCCACCUCCAGCUCCUCCCAGCAAUUCGUCGCGCCCGUCCUCCUUUAUGCAGUCCUCCAACCGACCUCUGGGCGUACGCCAAACGACACUGUUUAAUAUGGCCACGCGGAACCAAGCUCCGCAACCCCCGCAAGGCGAGCAGGUCUUUGCUCCGCCCGAGAAAGUCGAAGCCCCGACGCAACACAAACUCAACCAAGAGGCCAUCUCUACAUGGGUAUAUCCGACCAACUUGGGCAAGACCAGAGACUAUCAAUUCAAUAUCACCCAAAAGGGCUUGUUCCAUAAUCUCCUUGUCGCGCUGCCUACGGGUCUGGGAAAGACCUUCAUUGCCGCGACGAUCAUGCUAAACUGGUUUCGAUGGACCAGAGAUGCCCAGAUUGUCUUCGUAGCCCCCACGAAACCCCUAGUUGCGCAGCAAGUUUCCGCAUGCUUCGGCGUAGCCGGAAUCCCCCGGUCCCAAACCACCAUGCUCACCGGAGAAGCAGCCCCUGGAAUCCGCGCGCAAGAAUGGCAAGACAAGCGUGUGUUCUUCAUGACUCCGCAGACGCUCAUUAAUGACCUUAAAUCCGGCAUCGCUGAUCCAAAGCGCAUCGUCUUGCUGGUGGUCGAUGAAGCCCACCGCGCAACUGGCGGCUAUGCCUACGUCGAAGUAGUGAAGUUCCUGCGCCGAUACAACCAGAGCUUUCGUGUGCUCGCCCUGACAGCAACGCCCGGUUCCACCGUGGAAUCCGUUCAAGCCGUCAUCGAUGGUCUGGAGAUCUCCAAGGUCGAAAUUCGAACGGAGCAAUCCCUUGAUAUCCGAGAAUAUGUGCAUGCGAGGAAUACCGAAGUUCAGACUUUCAAAAACUCAGAAGAAAUGGUCUUGUGUAUGGACCUGCUGUCCAAAACGCUGCAGCCUUUGGUCGACCAGCUUCGGACGCUCAAUGCUUAUUGGGGCAGAGAUCCCAUGGCUCUGACGGCAUACGGUCUCACCAAAUCGCGACAGCAGUGGAUGUUGUCUGAUGCGGGCCGCAAUUCCAGUUUUGGGCUGAAGGGCAAGGUCAAUGCGAUCUUCACCGUUCUUGCCAGUCUAGCCCAUGGCAUCGACUUACUUAAGUACCAUGGUAUCACGCCGUUCUACCGUCAUUUGCUACACUUCCAGGGAAAUACGGAUGGUCAAAAAGGCGGCAAGUACCAACGCCAGAUUGUUCAGGAUGAACACUUCAAGAAGCUCAUGAAUCACCUCUCCCCGUGGACCAAGAACCCAGAAUUCAUCGGCCAUCCCAAACUCGAGUAUCUGAAGCAAGUGGUCCUCAAUCAUUUCAUGGAUGCGGGCGAAGGCUCAGCUGGAGCCGAAGGCGCCUCCCAAUCCACCACCCGCGUGAUGAUUUUCGUGCACUUUCGCGACAGCGCCGAGGAAGUGGCCAGGGUGCUGAAAAGAUACGAACCGAUGAUUCGCCCGCAAGUCUUUGUUGGCCAGGCUAGCGCAAAAGGCUCCGAUGGCAUGAAUCAGAAGACUCAGCUCGGUGUAGUACAGAAGUUCAAACAGGGAACAUACAACACCAUUGUUGCUACUUCUAUUGGUGAGGAGGGUUUGGAUAUCGGUGAGGUGGACCUGAUUGUGUGUUAUGAUUCCUCCGCAUCACCUAUUCGAAUGCUCCAGCGGAUGGGACGAACAGGACGUAAACGCGCCGGAAAUAUCGUCCUCCUUCUCAUGGAGGGCAAGGAGGAAGAAUCGUACAUUAAAGCGAAAGACAACUACGAGAAGAUGCAGCAGAUGAUUGCCAGUGGCACCCGUUUCACCUUUCACGACGACAAAUCUCCGCGCAUUCUCCCCCCUGGUGUGAAGCCUAUCGUGGACAAGCGGCAUAUUGACAUUCCCGAGGAGAACGAGGAACAGGCGUUGCCCGAGCCGAAACGACGAGGACGGGUCCCCAAGAAGCCUCCGAAAAAGUUCCACAUGCCCGAUAAUGUGAUCACUGGGUUCACCAAGGCGUCUUCGCUGGCCGGGGGCACAACGGGAGCUAGAACAUCGUUACUGCACAAUUGGAGACACGAGUCCGGAGGUUAUCCGGACUCCUCGUACUGA